AUGGACAGCAAGAUGGCUUCCGAACAGAUUCUGUCACCGCCGCCAUCGGAUGCUACGAAGGAGGGCACUUCUGAGUCUAGUUCCGAUAUUCAGUCUACCAGAUCACAGAGUCCAGCAGCCGAAGAUUCCGUCCCGGGGAACGAGUCGACUGUUUCAGCAACUCCAGCGACUGAAAAUAUGGCAGACCCCACGCCGACAAACGAUCAUCGAAGUGAGGCGGACUUCAGAGAACGACGCCGCAAAGAGCGGUGCGCAGUCACCAGGGGAGUCAACAAGCUGAUCAAAUCAAUCAAAGGUCCAAUGGUUGACCCGAAGGACCGUACGGACCUGAUUUUAAAGGAACGGAAGAAAUGCAUCAAGGACCUUGGACUAAGCGGACAAGCCUCCGCGCGUGAGUGCUACCCUUCGGAAUAUGACGAACAGGAAGAGAUCAACAGGCUUCUGAAGAACUGCUUUGAGUAUGUCAAUGCUCUGGAGAAGGCGCCAGCGACUUUCGAAAAUCCGCAGAAGAAGGAAUCCUACCGAGCUACAGAACAGAACGAGGACGAUGAAGAGGUUGUGACAUACAAGCCACCGAACAUCAAGAGAGAAGCUGUGGACGAUGAGGGAUCCCGGACUUCUGUUGCCCAGGUGUCCGAAAUUCUAAGUUCCAAGAUAGUCGCUGGCAUGGCCAUCACAAGAGGCUUUGGCGAUGCAAGACUUGCGGCUGAUUCGUCGACGGAGAGGAGUGCCCCAAGGUCGUGGAAAUUCAUUGGCGGAAGGUGGGUACCGAUACCACCACUCUCAUGCAAAUUCUCAGGGGGCUCUACUAAGCGGAAAUUGGAGAGCGCGGAUCGCGAGGACGGCGGGAAGAAGACUAGGAUGAGCUGA